UGCGAAAGUAAAGAGAAAUUAUAAAUAUUCACAGAAAAGUGAACUAUUUUUCUGUGUACAGUUUAAGUGUAGAGUUAUGGUUGUGAGUUUUAAAGUUUUCUGUACAGAAAUUCGGGAAAGAAAUAUUUUUUAACAUGACGUCCUUACACCGUCACAACGUGUAACCUAUGAUCGCAAUAUCGGACUACAAGGCAAUAGAGAAUCAAGCAAAAUGGAACGAGUCAAAUCGCACAGACACAGAAUUAUUCAUCGAAAAUGUGGAAAACGAAGAGCAGAACACAACAAACUAUAUUUACCACGUUAUAAGAAAUAUAGAUAAAGAUAAGACGAACUGUAGUCAUAGUAAUGUGACAGAUGAAGCGUGUAGUGUAACUGAAUAUGAGGCUUUUGAAGCGGCUGUUGUUAUUAUACUGUGUGUUUUAAUAGUGAUAACAGUGAUAGGUAAUACUUUGAUAAUAUCAGCCGUAGUGACUACUAAGAGAUUGAGGACUGUUACGAAUUGCUUUGUUACUAGCUUGGCAGCAGCUGAUCUGCUUGUUGGGAUAUUUGUUAUGCCACCGGCGAUUGCUGUUCAUAUAAGAGGUAAAUGGGAGCUCGGCUGGAUUCUAUGUGACAUCUGGAUCAGUUUAGACAUUCUCCUAUGUACUGCAUCCAUUCUAUCCCUUUGCGCUAUCAGCAUUGACAGAUAUUUGGCUGUGACCAGACCCUUAACUUACUCUCGACGACGGAGGUCGAAAAAGCUGGCCCUAACUAUGAUAUUUUUUGUUUGGAUCUCGGCUGGUGCUAUCACGUGUCCACCUAUGUUUGGAUGGUAUGAACCAGAUCACAAUCAAGGUGGAGUGUGCAGAUACAACCAAAAUCCAGGAUACGUUGUUUUCUCAGCAAUGGGGUCGUUCUUUCUACCAAUGAUUGUAAUGGUGUACGUGUAUGCUAGGAUAUCCUGUGUGGUUGCUAGGCGACAUCAGCAAUUGGCCAGCACAGCCAGCAAAUGUAAUAAAAAAGGAAACCUGUCCUGCAUUCGGACGGAAUCCGACUCCGGUUCUGACAAACUAUCCUUACGUCAGAACGCCUCAAAACAACCGUCGAAAAGCUCAACCCAACAAAGCCAGACCUCUCAACAAGAGCAGCGAUGUCCUUGUUGCUUCAGAACGGAAAAACGAAGACAGUCUAAAAACUACAAAUCCAAAGAAAGAGAAUCAAGAUUCUCAAACGACGUGACCUUUAAAGCCAAUUUUAAGUAUCGGAAUUCAGGACGACACAGAACGCAUUCAGUCAAAGACCACAUAGAGAAUAAUAGAGUAUCAUCGUUGAGGCGAGAGACGAAAACUGCUCAAACUUUGAGUCUAGUGGUAGGGGGUUUUGUGGCCUGUUGGCUGCCAUUCUUCUUAUACUAUUUGCUGACCCCGUUCAUACCGAGUGGUUACGUCAAUCCUGUAUUGAUGUAUGUACUGACGUGGCUAGGUUGGUUCAAUUCCGCGAUCAAUCCAUUUAUCUAUGCAUUCUAUUCUCCUGACUUUAGAUUGGCGUUUUGGAGGCUUACUAUUAAAAAAUGUAAACGGAAUAAGCAUUAAGGUACUGGUACAUAUUUGGGACAAGAAUGAAAAUUUUUAAGCUCUUUAAUUUUUUGACUUUUUGUUUUCAUUCGCCAUAACGGUUAAAAUAAGACUAGGGCUAUAUUGUAGUAAGUAAGCGAAGCUUCUUUCAUUAUGAAUAUAACAAUGUAUUUGAGUUCCAACAAUUUGAAAUUUAAUUCAGUGUUCUUUUACGUUAAUUUAAGGCUAUGCUUAUUAUUUCUUCACAAUUUUUAAAUUCGAUUGAGCUCAUGCAUACACAAUUGGACCUGAAUCAAAUUACAAUGAACUGCAAUAAUUUAACAAUCAUGCUUCAUUAACAAAACUUUUUAUUCAA